CCGCCUGAAUGGACCCCGGUGUGGAAGAUGGCAGGAGGGAGGUGUUCUGGGGAUUUUAAGCGCGUUGGAUGUCAGAACUGGUUUUGAGGAUAAUCGCGCAGAAAAGUCGGAUUCUGGUUAUUUUUUUGUUGUUUGUUUUUUUCCCCUUUUCGUCCCUGGAAUAAGCCUAGCCGAGCCAGCGGGUGUGUUAUGAUUUGUUCCCGGCUCCAGUCGCUCUUCCUGGCGGCCCACAGCGGCGCUCAGCUCCGGCCAUGACCGCUGCCUUCCGCCUGUGACAUUCUCUGAUUUAUUUAUGUUUUUAUUUUUAUUUUUUCAGGAAUAUUAAUUAUGAUUUGAAUGAACGUGCAUUCUACUUGCCUUCGGAUUAGCAAGAGCGGCUACAUGUUAGCUAGCUAUGUGUUUCUGUGUGUCUGUGCGCGCGCUUCCGCGCUCGUGCGUCCGUCCGUGCGCGCGCGCGCGCUGUGAGCGUGCGGCCACAGUCUGCUGAUGUGACUGAACUGAGCUUAAUGUUCAUUAUUUUUUAUGGUAUUUUUUUUUCUUUUGUCUGAAUAUUAAAAAAAGAAAAACUUUAAUAUCUAAAAGAGAGCGUUAGUGUAGAAAAUCUCAUUCUAAUAAUAAAAGAAUCGAAGGAACGAUUAAAGUAUGACAUAAAUCAUAACUUAUAAUAAAUCAGUUACAUUAAAUUAAUCAAUAAUUAAAUUCAAACACCCAGAAUCGAUUGAUAACAAUUUUUGAAAUUAAGUAUAAUUGCUGGUCAAUUACCGUGUUAUUACAUCAACAGUUAAUUUGCGUUCACUCAGUUUUCCUUUUUUUUUAUUAAAACAAUUAAUAAAUAAUCAAAACUAAUUUGAGUUCAACCACUAAAACCAUAUUAAAGAGACGCCAAAAUUCUUGGAACCGUUCGAGUGAAUCUGAGGUCACGGUGAACUUAUUAAACUUGAAGCUUAUAUUAUUAUUGUUAUUAUUAUUGUUAUUAUUAUUAUUAUUGGCAUGGCCGGUGGAAUGAGUCGAAUCACAUGGAAAUGAGGUUGGAUUAAGUUUUAACACACUAAAAUAAAAUAGUUUUUUUUUUUAAUGAACACACUUGCCAAGUUAAGAUAAUAAAAUAAAAAAUUAUCCUUUAAAAAUCCCGCCUUCUCGUUCCAACAUGCUAAUGCCGCUCAUUAGCGUUUAUGCAAAUGACAGGCAGCGUCCGGGUUUAGUUAGCCCGCUAGCUAGUUAGCAGAGUUAGCUCUGCGCUUGUGUGGAGAUGUUUCACGAUCGAUUUGUCUGUCAGGUCGGAUGUCAGAUUUUUCUGUCUAGGUGACAUUUUUUGUUUAAAAGCCAACUUGAAAUAAUUCAGGAAAACAGCUCGGCUUUACUUUAUUUAAUUUUGUUUUAUUUUGAUAUUUUUUUUCUUUUUUGUCCCCCCCUCUCAGCCGGCUUUUCCGUCUCCUCCGCUCACCAUGGCAGCAGGCACGCGCUGCACAUCCCCAUGCACGCGCACCGCUCAGCCGCGCGUGUAACCCAGACCAGGAGAUUCCGCAGUGUAGUGUGUCGUGUUGCAUGUUGCAUGUUGUAUGCUGUGUGUGUGUGUGUGUAUGUGUGCGUGUUUUCGUUUUUGUUUGUUUUUGCAAUGGCCUAUCUAAAUGGACCCAGAUUACUGGACUGGGCGAGCUCUCCUCCUCACCUCCAGUUCAACAGAUACGUCCUGACCGGCUACAGACCCAUCUCCUCCGUGCAGGACUGCAUCAGGAGCCUGUUCUACCUGCACAAUGAGCUGGGAAACAUCUACACACACGGCAUCCCUCUGCUGUGUUUCUUGGUGCUGCUCCCCCUCAACAUGCCCUGGACUCAGAUCAGUGUGACGUGGCUGGGCGUGGUCCACUUCCUGGCCUGUUUGUCUCCGCAGCUUGGCUCCGUCCUCUAUCACCUGUUCAUGAACCAUGAGGGCGGAGAACCCGUCUACAAAAGACUGCUCACUUUAGACAUGUGUGGAAUCUGCAUGAUUACCACGCUGGGCGCUUUGCCCAUUGUCUACAGCACGUUGCUGUGCUACCCGCUGCUGCGCGGCGCCGCCCUGCUGACCUACAUUGCUCUUUCUAGUUACGCCAUCUACUGCGCAGUGACUGCGAGGAGCAGCGUGCGCCGUCUGCGAUCGUUUGCCGGCCAGGCGCUCUUUCGCUUUUUCUUCCUGGGACUGCGAUGCUUGGGUGUUGGAGGGGGAAGCCCAACGUCGCUACGCCACUUCCUUACCAUGGAGGCGCUCGCCGUGUCGGGUGGAGUCAUCAAUAUCGCCCGUGUGCCCGAGCGUUUCUGCCCCGGGCUCUUUGACUACUGGUGCAACAGCCACCAGAUCAUGCACGUCAUGGUAGUCGGCUCCAUCCUGUCGCUGCACUGGGGCGUCCUGGACGACUUGCUAUGGAUCGACACCUACGACUGUCCGGCGUACUGAUCUCAGAUUGACCUCUGACCUCUGGGGCGGGGUUUUUCAAGGAAUCAUGUGACUUGGACACGAUUUGAGAUUUUUUUUUUUUAGGUUUGUUUUACGUUUUAAGAAUUUGACAUGCAUCAGGUUUUCUUUAGACUCAGGGAGGGGUCACGAGCUCUGACCUCUGACCUCUGACUCUUGUUUUUUUUUUUAUCCAGGGGCUUAAAAAUCCAUAGGAUUCAUUUGCAGACUUGGAUUCCUAUGUAGAGCUCUGACCUUUGACCUCGGGGUGCAGAUUAUUGUUCAC